GUUGCAAAGCAUCCUGUUAAUCCCAUCUUUCCUGUUAUUUGCUUCCCUCGUUCAUUCACUGCCGCUCUCAACAAGCGGUAGAUGGCUUGUGGAUGUAGCAUCAAAUCGUCGUGUAAAACUGGGCUGUGUGAAUUGGGUUGCACACAUGCAACCCAUGUUAGCAGAAGGGCUGGACAAGAAGCCAUUACGAGACAUAGUCGGUCUAGUAUCUUCAUUAGGCUUCAAUUGCGUCCGCCUCACAUGGGCGACCUAUAUGUUCACCCGAACACGUGCUGCACAACGAACCGUUGCUGAAUCACUCGACUCUAUGGGCCUCACAGAGGCAAAGGCAGGAGUAGCACGAAACAAUCCUUCUCUCUUGAAUCUUACCGUGGUCCAAGCUUAUGGCACUGUGAUAAACGAACUCGGUGCAGCCGGACUCAUGGUGGUGCUCGAUAACCACGUUAGCCUCCCCAAGUGGUGCUGUGGCAGCAACGACGGCAAUGGCUUCUUUGGAGAUGCAUAUUUCAACCCAGAUGAAUGGGUUGAAGGUUUAGGCAGGGUAGCUAAGCGAUUUAAGGGAAGACCUCAGGUGGUGGGGAUGAGCAUGCGCAAUGAACUACGUGGGCCUCGUCAGAACGAGCAGGAUUGGUUCCGUUACAUCCAACUGGGAGCCAGAAAGAUUCACAAGAUGAACCCAGAUUUGCUAGUGAUUGUUUCCGGGUUGAGUUAUGACACCGAUUUGAGCUUCUUAGGGAGGAAGUCUCUAGGGGUGAACUUCAACAACAAGUUGGUCUACGAGGCACAUUGGUACUCGUUCAGCGACGAUAGGCGACAAUGGGAGAUGCAGCAGCCGAGUCCAGUCUGUGCCAAUGCAAUUAGGAGGUUCGAUGGUGCAGCCGGUUUUGUGAUGCGGUCUAAGAAUCCAGUCCCGUUGUUCGUGAGUGAAUUUGGUGUGGACCAGAGAGGUGUCAAUCGGGCUGACAAUCGAUUCUUGAGCUGCUUUCUUGCUUUUGCCGCGGAGAGAGAUUUGGAUUGGGCCAUGUGGGCUUUGCAGGGGAGCUACUACCUCAGGAACGGGCGUGCUGGGUUUGAGGAAACCUAUGGUGUUCUGGACGCUAGUUGGGACCAACCCAGGAACCCAAAAUUUCAAGAGAGGUUUCGUCUCAUUCAGAAUUUGAUGCAAGGCAUGUCGUCUCCUUCAGUCCGUCCUCUCAUCCUCUGUCUUUCUGUACUCAACACUAGAAAACAUCUAACACCCCUCAGUUUGUGCAGAUCCAGGAUCCGAUUUUCCAAAACACUACGUUAUGUAUCACUCAUGGAGCGGGCGCUGUGUCUUGGUGCAAGGGAACAACAACGUCGAAACUCAGGAUUGUGUGAAUCGGAGCCGAUGGGAUUAUGCUGGGGAUGGUACUCCAAUUAGGCUGAUGGGUACAUCUCUUUGUUUGAAAGCUGCCGGGGACGGGCUUCCGGUGAUUCUCUCGACUGAGUGCAGUAGCCAACAGAGCAUUUGGAAAGCGGUUUCGAGUUCUAUGCUCCAUUUAGCUGCCUCGGAUCCAGAGGGAAGACCACUGUGCCUAGAGAACAAUGGUUCCAACACUACAAUUUUGACCAAGAGCUGCCUUUGCUUGGAAGAUGACUCUAAUUGUUCCGACAAUCCUCAAAUUCAAUGGUUUAAGCUUAUCCCAACAAAUGUGAAGUAGUCGUCGCUUUAUUUUACUUGGUUCCUUCAGUUUCAAUUUCAAAUAAGUCCCUAAUAUAUGUAGUUCGGUCGGGAGAGUCGAGAAGCCAUGAAGAGUGAAUUAGUAAUUAAUGUUCCAAGAUCUAGCUGGUAAUCCCCGGGUCACAUAUGUCAGGACUCCGCUGGCUGAUACAGUUUUUUUUCAAAAAAAAAAGGGAAAGUGAUUAAUUUGAAAUUUAAUAGUUCAUUUUCAUUCCUUUACUUGCUGGCGUAGCCCAAUUCCUUUUACUUGCUGGAUCCCACCGUCUCAGAGAUUUA